CUGGAACACGAGCCGGGCCGGCGGCUGCGCCCGCGCGGGGAGCCUGUCCCGUCGCCAAGGCCCGCGGAGCUCCCGGACGCCAGUUACCCUGCAGAGACGGCCAAAGAAUUGAAUGGUCUCUUCUUGGUGGAUAAGAGGAAAGCAUGUGGCGUACCCUUGGAGGCUGGAGGCAAUGUCUUGUGAAGCCACACAGGGCACAGGCCAUCCUAGGCCAGCUGUCUCACCCAAGAAGCCUUGCUGGGGCCAGUGGGGGCUCAGCAGACCAGGAUGAGUACAGCUACGUGGUGGUGGGCGCGGGCUCUGCCGGCUGCGUGCUGGCCAACCGGCUCUCUGAGGACCCUGGCCAGCGGGUGCUGCUGCUGGAGGCAGGACCCAAGGACCUGCUACUGGGGAGCAAGAGGUUCUUGUGGAAGAUCCACAUGCCUGCAGCCCUUGUGGCUAACCUGUGUGACGACAGGUACAACUGGUACUACCACACAGAGUCGCAGCCCAGCAUGGACGGCCGCGUCAUGUACUGGCCACGCGGCCGUGUCUGGGGAGGGUCCUCAUCCCUCAACGCCAUGGUCUAUAUCCGAGGACACGCUGAGGACUACAACCGCUGGCAUCGCCAAGGGGCCGAGGGCUGGGACUAUGCACACUGCCUGCCCUACUUCCGCAAGGCCCAGGCCCACGAGCUGGGAGCAGACAGGUACCGAGGUGGUGACGGUCCACUGCGGGUGUCCCGAGGCGAGACAAACCACCCGCUGCACCAGGCCUUCCUGCAGGCAGCGCGGCAGGCAGGCUACCCCCUCACUGACGACAUGAAUGGCUUCCAGCAGGAGGGCUUUGGCUGGAUGGACAGGACCAUCUACAAAGGCAAGCGCUGGAGCACAGCCUGUGCCUACCUGCACCCAGUGCUGAGCCGCCCCAACCUCAGGACCGAGGUCCAAGCGCUCGUGAGCAGGGUACUGUUUGAAGGCACACGCGCAGUGGGCGUGGAGUACUUCAGGAAUGGCCGGAGCCACAGGGCUUACGCCAGCCAGGAGGUGAUUUUGAGUGGGGGCGCCAUCAACUCUCCACAGCUGCUCAUGCUCUCUGGCAUUGGGAAUGCAGAUGACCUCAAGGAACUGGGCAUCCCUGUGGUGUGCCACCUGCCUGGAGUUGGUCAGAACUUGCAAGACCACUUGGAGGUCUACAUUCAGCAGGCAUGCACUCGCCCCAUCACCCUCCACUCAGCCCAGAAGCCCCUGCGGAAGGCCAGCAUCGGUCUGGAGUGGCUCUGGAGGUUCACAGGAGAUGGCGCCACAGCCCAUCUGGAAACAGGUGGUUUUAUCCGCAGCCAGCCUGGGGUAACCCACCCAGAUAUCCAGUUCCACUUCCUGCCAUCCCAAGUGAUUGACCAUGGGCGGAUGCCCACCCAGCAGGAGGCUUACCAGGUGCAUGUCGGGACUAUGAGGGGCACGAGUGUAGGCUGGCUUAAACUGAGAAGUGCCAACCCUCAGGACCACCCUGUGAUACAACCCAACUACUUGUCAACAGAAACAGACAUCGAGGACUUCCGUCAGUGUGUGAAGCUGACCAGAGAAAUUUUUGCGCAGGAAGCCUUGGCUCCCUUCCGGGGCAAAGAGCUGCAGCCUGGAAGCCAUGUCCAGUCCGAUGAAGAGAUAGACGCCUUUGUACGGGCAAAAGCCGACAGCGCCUAUCACCCCUCGUGCACCUGUAAGAUGGGCCAGCCCUCCGACCCCAGCGCUGUGGUGGACCCACAGACCAGGGUCCUUGGAGUGGAAAACCUCAGGGUUGUGGAUGCCUCUAUCAUGCCCAGUGUGGUUAGUGGCAACCUUAACGCCCCGACAAUCAUGAUUGCAGAGAAAGCAGCUGAUAUUAUUAAGGGGAGGCCUGCACUCUGGGACGAGGAUGUUCCUGUUUACAAGCCCCAAACUCUGGCCACCCAACGUUAAUGCAGCCACUGCCUGAGGAUGAUAGAGGAGCCCACGUCAACCCAAGAGGACCGACUAGUACAGCCCCUGCUCUAGACAAUGUAACAACCACUGAGAGAGAACCUUGGGACACAGGGUCCUUAUUGACAGAUAAUAUUUCAGGACAUAAAGCCAUACAAGUUAGGCAAGUCCUCACCUCCCCAACUGGGUUUGCCUGUGGACCUCCUCCUGAAUCCUUGGAGGUCAUGGAGAAGAGAGGCCAGUAAGGAUUUACUUCUACCAUGACCUUGCCUUGUGUCAUCUGACCUUCUCCAGCCCAGGGUCCUUCUGCCAGGAUCAGAGUGGCUCUUUCUUGGCCUCCCUCCUAAGACCAUCCCUAAGCAAAGGCAGAAUGCUGGACCUGUGCUGGGCUCUCCAAGGAAGCUUUCACAGAGGUCAAGAGCCAAGCAGGAGGGAGGUCAGCCUGGGUUGGCUCCUGAUCCCAUGUUCCUAGUCAGAGGGGGUAGGCUGCCAGCUGAGGAAAAACCCGGAUGUCUCCUCUCCCAUCCUGACUCUACUGUCAGAGAUGAGGGCUAAGUCAGUUGACUAUGAGGCUCACAGCCCACCUCUCUGGCUCUGGUUCUUAUGAAACAGACCAGAUGGGAGACUCUCUGGACCUUGUUCAAGG